AUGCCUCUUAAUAUCUCUCUUUCAGGACAAGUCGGGUUGGUCACUGGCGCUGGCACACCGUACGGCAUUGGACGCUCGUUGGUAAUUCAGUUGGCUCAAGCUGGUGCCAAAGCGAUCUACGCUUGUGACCUGAACACAUCCCAUUUUGAUGCCCUCAAACAGGACGUGAAAGACACGGGUAGUGAUUGCAUUGUCGAGGGAGCUCUUCUUGAUGUUUCAUCCGAGGAGCAGACCGUGGCUUUGCUGAAGAAAAUCGUGAAAGCACAUGGUCGAUUCGACUUUUUCUUUGCAAACGCAGGGUUCGCGAAUUAUAGGAACCUAAAUGAUAUUACAUCGCAGAAUUGGGAGCGUGCUAUGUCCGUCAUGACCUCUUCGUGCUUCUAUGCCAUCAAGCACGGUAGUCGGGCGAUGGUCGUGACGUCAGAGGAGAAGCCGCAACCAAGCGGUAACAUUGUUUUGACCUCGUCGUGCGCCGCAUUCCUUGGAGCAUAUGCGGAUAUCGCAUACACCGCAUCCAAGAAUGCUGUCAACGGUUUGGUACAAAGUGGCUCGGUCCAGCUGGCCUCCAGCAACAUUCGUGUCAACGGUGUUGCGCCGGGCUUCACCCGGACCAGUAUCUUGACUAGUUCGAAGACCGCCGAAGAUGGAUCAGAGUAUGGCCUGAAGCAGACAACGAAAGAGAUCCAGGGUAACCACGAAUGGUUCUUUGAACGCGCAGGGCUCCGGGAGAACCGCCAAUACUACUACAACCGGCUCCAAGAAGCAGAGGAGAUCGCAAAUGUUGGCGUUUUCCUUGCAAGUGACUCAUCCGCUGUGAUCAAUGGGCAGACUAUUCUGGCGGAUAGUGGCUUCACAGCAGCGGCGACAAAGGAGGCUUGCACGGGUCCUGUCCCCAUGGUCACGCCACUUGAGUUGGAUUAA